AUGGAGGUGAGCACCCUGUCCCCAUCUCCUGCCUCACCCACUGAAGGAGAUGAUCUCUGUGAGACAGAUGUCACCAUCGUGGUCACCCACAGUUUGACCCUGCUCGUCUGCCUCUGUGGGCUGGUUGGGAAUGGGGCUGUCAUUCGCCUCCUCAGCCUGAAGGGUGAUAACUUUUUCAUCCGUGCAUUGGCUGUCACCGACUUCCUCUUCCUUCUCCUCACAGUCCCCUCUGCCCUCAUCCUCCUGGUGGAGGACGUGUACUGCUCUCUUAUCCUGCCCGUGCCGCUUUUGCUGAUGACUUUUGGCCUUUCAAUGUAUAUCAAAAAGGUCUUGAAACGCUGCUGCCGCCGUGACGUUCCUAAUGAUCUGCUUUGGGUGGUGAUGAUUGUCCAGUUUUGGGCUUUCUCUGCUCUCUUCAAUGAGAUUCCCACACUGACAUCCCAGUGCCAAUCAAAUGAUCAGGAGCACUGCCGGGCAGCCCUCAUCACCAUGUGGGCCAUCAUCCUGCUGCUCCUUGUCACACCCAUAACUGUGCUGGUCAUUUCCAGCACAAUUAAUUUAAUUAAAGCCAAGUGGGGCUCCGAGCAGAAGCAACCCGAGGGGCUCGACAUCGUUAUCGUCUCCAUUGGUCUCUUCACUCUCCUUUUCAUCCUCUGCAAUUCCCUGCAGCAGCUUGGUUACAUUAUUGUGGCCUCCCAUUUCUUUUUCCUGCUCACCUGCAUCAACUGCAGCAUCAAACCCUUCAUCUACUUCUUGGCAGGGAGGUGCUGGAGGUCCUGCUCUGUGGAGUCCCUCCGGCUCUCCCUCGAGAGGGUCUUUGACUAG